AUAUCAUAGAAGAAGAAGAACACGUGUUUAGUUUUUUUUUUGCCUUGCGACGGAGCACGCUGCUAACCGCGAGAAAACUACCUAAAACAAUAAGUAAGUUCUGCAUUAUCUCUCAGAAACAUGACCAAGGUAAAGAAGGAAAAGGGCAUCAAGGAGGAGGAGGCUGGAGCGACGGAGACUGUAGUGACAGAGAAAUCCUAUCAAGAGUUGAUCGCAAACAUCAACCCAAUUGCUAAUCCGCUGGCCACUAAGAAGCUAAGCAAGAAGCUCUACAAAUGUGUCAAAAAAGCAUCUAAGCUCAAACAAAUUCGCCGUGGAGUGAAAGAAGUUCAGAAGUUCAUCAACAAAGGAGAAACUGGGAUUGUGGUGUUGGCUGGAGAUACUCUUCCAAUCGAUGUUUACUGCCAUCUACCCGUCAUGUGUGAGGACAGAAGUCUGCCAUAUGCCUAUAUUCCCUCAAAAGUGGACCUUGGUUCGUCUGCAGGCUCAAAGCGGCCCACCUGCGUCAUCAUGAUCAAAUCUCAUGAGGACUAUAAGGAGGCCUAUGAUGAGUGUUUCGAGGAGGUCUCUGCCCUGCCCAAACCCCUCUGAACCCGUUCACUGACUAGUAGAAUCAUAUUGUAUCUGAGAAUGUCUGGCUGUAGGCAGAAUGAAUGGGGGGGGGUGUAUAUUAACUGACUAACCCUAGAGCCAAGCUGCAGUGUGGUGUGUUAUUUCAAUCUCUGUAUACAUCGAUACCCCAGCAGUGAUCCCCAGUCCCCUCAAUGUCAUCUUUGUUUGUUUUGGUUAUUACAUGUCAACGGUGACUGUGAAGGUUGAUGACACAGCGUUCUUUGGUGUUUUAAGUAGGUGCUGACUUGAAACAGGACGUGAUACAUUUAUUUUUCCUCAUUCGGUGGGAUCCAUGCAUUGUCUACAGCCAGAUAUGAAUAUGCCUACGACGUACAUUGUUUUUAUUGUGUGCUUUCAUAACUUGUGUUAUUUCAAUGUCAAAACUACUAUGGGUUGCGCUCCUUUUAAAACAUCCAUUUUGGUAUGAAAAUAAAUCUGCACACGGAUUCUAUUUUGUUUUCAAGUAAGCAGAAAUACUAUUUUAUGAAUUGUAAUCCGCCUCGUUGUGUUUGAAUGGUCAGGACUCGGGUUAGGUUACAGAUCAUUGUAAUCCGCCUCGUUGUGUUUGAAUGGUCAGGACUCGGGUUAGGUUACAGAUCAUUGUAAUCCGCCUCGUUGUGUUUGAAUGGUCAGGACUCGGGUUAGGUUACAGAUCAUGUAAUUAGCUUAUCUUGUGUAUUUUGACAGAUCUAAGUGAGUGACCAUAUGGGACAACAUGUUUCCUGCUCAGUUAAGCAUUACAUUAUUUCUUGCCAUCCCAUUCUGAUGGGUUUGAUCAUUGCAGUUGUAAACUUCUGUAUCGUAACUCAUACUUUUACUUUUUCAUCGUUUUGUCUUAGUUGUAUCUUCUAAUUUGUAUUUUGUCACAGGCAUAUUGACAUUCCCCUUUGCAUAGGUUAUUCAUAUUCUUGCUUUGAGGAAGAUAUAUUGGCAUGUGAUACAAUGCUGUAUUGAUGCAAUAAAUACCCCUUUGUUUUUUGGUA